AUGGCCCUGGGGAACCACAGCGCCGUCACGGAGUUCAUUCUCCUGGGGCUGUCUGCAGACCCCCGUGUUCAGCCCCUGCUCUUUGUGCUGUUCCUAAUGAUUUACCUCCAGACCCUGCUGGGGAACCUGAUGCUGCUGCUGGUGAUCAGGUCUGAUUCCUGCCUCCACACCCCCAUGUACUUCUUCCUGAGUCACCUCUCUUUCCUGGAUCUUUGUUUCUCUUCGGCUACAGUGCCCAAGCUGCUGGAGAACCUCCUGUCUCAGAGGAAAACCAUCUCUGACCAGGGUUGCCUGGCUCAAGUUUUUUUUCUGUUUGACUCGGGGGGCCCUGACGCCUGUCUGCUCUCAGUGAUGGCCUAUGACUGCUACGUUGCCAUCUGCCACCCUCUGCUCUAUGGCCAGAAGAUAACCAACAAGCUCUGUAUUGGGCCAGUAUGGGGCUCCUGGGGCCUGGGAUUUCUGGACACAUUGAUCAACAUCCUUCUAGCGACGAGCUCAGACUGCUGUAAGGAUCAGUCCAUCACCAACUACAGCUGUGAGCUGCCCUCUCUCUUCCCUCUGUUCUGCUCUGAUGUCUUCACCAACUUUACUAUUCUGCUCUGCUCCAGCCUCCCGCAUGGGCUUGUAACAUGUGUCCUAAUUGUCUGUUCCUAUACUCCUAUUGUUUCCACCAUCCUGAGCAUCAGCUCCUCCUCAGGUAGAAGCAAGGCCUUCUCCACCUUCUCCUCCCACCUCACUGCUGUCCUCCUGUUUUAUGGCUCAGUUUUCCUUCGUUAUAUCACACCAACCACAGGUUCACCCCUGGAGUUGAUGUUCUCUGUUCUGUAUGGUGUGGUCACUCCCUUAGUGAAUCCCCUCAUCUACAGCUUGAAGAACAAGGAGGUGAAAGCAGCUUCUCUCCAAAAGGCCUUGGGGAACCACAGCAAAAUUACUGAGUUCAUCCUCCUGGGGCUGUCUGCAGACCCCCACAUCCAGGCCCUGCUCUUUGUGCUGUUCCUAGUCAUUUACCUCCUGACUUUGAUGGGAAACCUCACAAUGCUGUUGGUGAUCAGGACUGAUUCUCACCUCCACAUGCCCAUGUACUUCUUCCUGAAUCACCUCUCUUUCCUGGAUCUUUGCUACUACUCAGUCACUGUGCCCAAGCUGCUGGAAAACCUCCUGUCUCAGAAGGAAACCAUCUCUGUGGGGGGCUGUCUGUCUCAGGUCUUCUUUCUGUUUGUCACUGGGGGCACUGAAGGCUGCCUGCUCUCAGUAAUGGCCUAUGACCGCUAUGUUGCCAUCUGCCACUCUCUGCACUACGGACAGAUUAUGACCAACCGGCUCUGUAAUAGUCUGGUGUGUGGAUCCUGGGGCCUGAGCUUUGUGGAUGCAUUCAUCAACAUCCUACAGGCUAUGAGUUUGGACUUCUGUGAGAAUCAGUCCAUCUACCACUACAGCUGA